AUGCAAAUGUCUACAAUAUCUAUGAGUGCAUCCGGUCCGGUGAUGACCUCUACCGCGUCGACCUCCAUGCAAAUGACUUUCAAUACCGAGAACCUUUCCACGAUGCUGUACUCGACUUCGUGGAUGCCCACUAGUACUGGGGGCUACGUGGGUACUUGGUUUUUUCUCUUCUUCCUCGCUGUGACUUGGCGAGCCAUGAGCGCGAAGCUUGCCAAUUUCGAAGCUUCCUGGGCUGCGACAAACGCAAGAUACCCUAUUCUUAUCAACGGUGGCCAGGAUGAACCCUCACGGCAGAACUUGAUUCAAACAUGGCGGCUGUCGGUCAAUCUUCCUCGUGCGGUAUUGCGAAUGGCCAACCAGGGAAUCGCAUAUCUUUUAAUGAUUGCGGUGAUGACGAUGAACGUUGGAUUCUUCUUUGCAGUGCUUGUCGGGUAUUUUGUCGGUGAACUCAUUUUUGGUCGAGUCAGUCGGGCGGAUUGUGGGAGUUAA